CAACCUUGUUGACUUGACCACUCAUUAAAACCUUUUUCCCUCCCUCAUCCCCCCCUUGCCAUUCUCCUUUUCUCCCUUCAUGCUUUUCUUCCUCAUUCACUAUCACAUGACUCUUCUUCAAUCCAAAUCUCAUAUAGAUUUCCAUUGAUUUUCAUCUUUUUUCCUCAUCCAAACUAUCAAUCAUGCUUUCCGCCUUCUCAAAACAUACCAUACCUUGUGAACAUUCCACAACUUUUUCCACAGCCGCCCGGUUAGAAAUUCCAUAGAACCCUCGUCAAACCAAACAUAUUGUGGCUUUCUCCUUUUUUAAAAAAUCCUUCACAUUUCCUACACCCCUUGCCUUGAUGGGAAAUGGGAGAAGAAGGACGUUGUUUCCAUGUUCACACUCUGGUGUGUAAUUUUUGAUACUCAUUCAGUGCAUAAAUUGAAAAGAAAAUGAUGAACCAUGUUGUUUGUUACACUGACUCAGCACGAAAGGAAGUUGAGCAGCAAUCAAAGGCAUCCCUGAAAGGAGAUGAUGGGAAGAAAGUAAUUCCAGAAAGGAAGACACAGUCAGUGAUUGUUGCAAGGAGGCCAGACUCCGGUGGCAGAGAAGGCACUGUCAUAUCUCUUCUUGCCAAUCACUUUUUGGUACAAUUUGAUCCAUCACAGAAGAUAUAUCAUUACAAUGUUGAAAUCUCACCCAAUCCCUCCAAGGAUAUUGCCAGAGCAAUCAAGCACAAGUUGGUAAAUAACAAUUCUCCUGUCCUCUCAGGUGCUACUCCGGCAUAUGAUGGCAGAAAGAAUCUUUACAGUCCAGUUCAGUUCCAAAAUGAUAAGCUAGAGUUCUACAUAAGCCUUCCAGUCCCCACUUCCAAGCUUCCAUCACCUUACGGAGAAAUCCCUGACUUGAAAGAGAAGCAUCAAAAGCUUAAACUUUUCAGGAUAAAUAUCAAGUUGGUCUCCAAAAUCAAUGGGAAGGAGUUGAAUAACUACUUGAGCAAAGAGGGUGAUGACUGGAUUCCACUUCCACAGGAUUAUCUGCAUGCUUUGGAUGUAGUUCUUAGGGAGAGCCCUACUGAGAAAUGCAUUCCUGUUGGAAGGUCAUUCUAUUCGAGUUCAAUGGGAAGAAGCAAAGACAUUGGUGGAGGAGCUGUUGGAUUGAGAGGCUUCUUUCAGAGUCUCAGACCAACACAACAAGGACUGGCUCUCAAUGUGGAUUUCUCGGUAACUGCUUUCCAUGAGAGCAUAGGAGUCAUUUCUUAUCUGCAGAAACGUCUUGAGUUCCUUCGAGACCUUUCUCAAAGGAAGACAGCUCAAUUAACUGCUGAAGAGAGGAAGGAAGUUGAGAAGGCAUUGAAGAACAUCAGGGUCUUUGUUUGCCAUAGGGAAACUGUUCAGAGAUACCGUGUCUGUGGCUUAACCGAGGAGGCUACUGAAAACCUUUGGUUUUCUGACAGAGAUGGCAAUAAUCUGAGACUGCUCGAUUACUUUAAAGAUCACUACAACUAUGACAUACAAUUCCGAAAAUUGCCAUGCUUACAAAUUAGUAGGAGUAAACCUUGUUAUCUCCCUAUGGAGCUUUGUGUGAUCUGUGAAGGCCAGAAGUUCCUUGGAAAACUCACUGAUGAUCAAACGGCAAGAAUACUCAAGAUGGGCUGCCAAAGACCGGGAGAACGAAAAACCAUUAUUGAAGGAGUCAUGAGAGGAAAUGUUGGGCCUACCAGUGGUGAUCAGGAAAAAGAAUUCAAGCUCCAAGUGUCAAGAGAAAUGACAGAGUUGACUGGCAGAAUUCUUUUCCCUCCCAAACUAAAGCUUGGAGAUGGAGGUCAUGUGAGAAACUUGACUCCUUCGCGUCAUGACAGGCAAUGGAACCUUCUUGAUGGCCAUGUCUCCGAAGGAACUACUAUUGAAAGGUGGGCACUGAUUAGUUUUGGGGGCACACCUGAGCAGAAGUCCAAUGUCCCCAGAUUCAUAAACCAGUUAUCUCAAAGGUGUGAACAGUUGGGCAUUUUUCUCAACAAGAACACAGUUAUUAGUCCCCAGUUUGAAUCAAGCCAGAUUCUUAACAAUGUCACCCUUUUGGAAUCUAAGCUCAAGAGGAUCCAGAGGACUGCUUCAAACAAUCUCCAACUUCUUAUUUGCAUAAUGGAGAGAAAACACAAAGGGUAUGCAGAUUUGAAACGAAUUGCCGAGACCAGUGUUGGUGUUGUGAGCCAAUGCUGCCUAUACCCCAAUCUCAGCAAGUUGAGUUCACAAUUUUUGGCUAAUUUGGCCCUCAAAAUCAACGCAAAAGUCGGUGGUUGCACGGUUGCUUUGUACAACUCAUUGCCUUCACAGUUACCACGUCUCUUUCAUAUUGAUGAGCCAGUGAUAUUCAUGGGUGCAGAUGUGACACAUCCUCACCCUCUUGAUGAUUUCAGUCCAUCUGUUGCUGCUGUUGUCGGUAGCAUGAAUUGGCCGACAGCAAACAAAUACAUUUCAAGAAUAAGGUCUCAAACACACAGACAAGAAAUCAUUCAGGAUCUUGGUGCAAUGGUGGGGGAACUGCUCGAUGAUUUUUAUCAGGAGGUAGAGAAACUCCCCAGCAGAAUUAUUUUCUUCAGAGAUGGGGUCAGUGAAACUCAGUUUUACAAAGUGUUGGAAGACGAACUUCAGUCAAUUAGGUGUGCAUGCACAAGGUUUCCAGGUUACAAACCUUCCAUUACUUUUGCAGUUGUGCAAAAGAGGCAUCACACAAGGUUGUUUCCCCUUGAAACUUACCAGUCUUCAACUCAGAACCAUUUUCUAUAUGAAAACAUUCCUCCAGGGACUGUGGUUGAUUCAGUGAUCACUCAUCCAAAUGAAUUUGAUUUCUACCUUUGUAGCCAUUGGGGUGUGAAAGGAACAAGUAGGCCAACUCACUACCAUGUCUUGUGGGAUGAAAACCAGUUUACUUCUGAUGAACUGCAGAAACUGGUUUACAACUUGUGCUACACUUUUGUCAGGUGCACCAAGCCAAUUUCUUUGGUGCCUCCAGCAUACUACGCCCAUUUAGCUGCCUACAGAGGCAGACUCUACCUCCAAAGAUCAGAGUCCUUAGGUUUGUUCAGAAGUACAUCUACACUAUCCAGAGCAGCUCCUCCAAAGACAGCACCUCUUCCUAAACUUAGUGAAAACAUCAAAAAGCUCAUGUUCUACUGCUAGUGAUAACUCUUCGCCAAUGCGAUUCCAUUUCUAGAUAGUUUAUUUAAAUGACAUGUAAUCAGUUGAUAUAGCAUGUGCAGGAUCAAUAUCAGUGCUGCAGAAAAAAUUUGAAGACCUGUAAGAUUUGCGUUUUAUCUAACUAAAAGGUUCUCCGCUCAAAGGAAAAAAGUGUAGGCUGAUUAGACGGCUUUUCUGACUGUAUUUUUCUGGUUUAGCUGAGUCAUUCAAGAGAAUAUUAGUAUGAUUUCAUAAUUCUUGUACAAACUGAGUUAGUUCUGAAGGUUUUAAGGAUGUUUGCUAUUAAACUGGUAACAAGUAAAAACCACUAUAUUCACCUGUGAGCAAAUUAUUGUGACACCAGCAUGCUUAUAUUAAUGUAUUGGUUCCAUUCCAUGU